AUGUCAAAAUCGGAGCCAUACUGUUGUAGUUUUUUGUUUUUCGUCUUGGCUACCUUCCUGGGGUUUGCAUAUGCAAUUUGCAGCCUCAGUCAUCAUCAUAUCCUCAUCUGUGUUGCUGCUGCUGCUGCUGCUGCUGCUGCUGCUGCUGCUGCUGCUGAUGAUGAUGCACAUCAGAUCAGCACAUGUAACAUAAGAUUGUCCGCAGGAUGGCAGGAGUUACCUAAGAUUAGCCAAGCUUGGUGCUUUUCCUAG